AUGUCGGGGCACGGCAGAGAGGCCCACUGGGGAACGCCCAUCACCCCGGCCGUACCCCUCAGUGUGGAAGGCUUGGCUCUAGACCUGCGGCCGCACAGGCGCAGUGCGGAGCAGCGGAGGCCCGAGACAGCCAGGACCACGGGGGCAGCGGCGCUGCACGCGAAUGACCCGCUCUUCGCAAAGACGCCAGAGCACGUGGAGCAGCCAGCACGGCCCAAGGGGUGCCUGGGAAAAGGCCAACAGAUGCUCCAGGAGCACUGCCGCAACGUGCGCGACCGGCCCGCGUUCAUGCUGCUGCCCCCGCUGCUGACGUUCCUCCUGCUGGCCUCGGCCAGCGUGGCGGGCGUGGUGCUGGGGGCAGACAAGUUUGAGGCGGACACGCGCGGCAGGGCAGAGAGCGCGGCCCUGGAUUGGGCCGCGUCGUUCCGGCUGUCGGCUGAGAAGAUCUUCACGCCCCUGGUGACCCUGAGCAUCCUCAUACAGCAGAACCCGCAGUUCCCGGCCCUCAGGGCCAAGUUCCCCUCCAUAGCGGAGGAGCUGCUCCACUCGGUCAACCAGGAGCGCAGCAUAAUCCAGGAGCUCCAGCUGUCGCCGAUGGGCGUCAUCAGCAGCAUACACCCCAAGAACAACAACACAGACUCGCGGCUUGGCAUAAACAUUUUCAAACAGCCCGCACUGCGCGGGGGCGCGCUGGACACGGUCGUGGCGAACCAGAUCGUGAUCAACGGCCCCCUGAAAUUGGUCCAGGGAAACUUUGGCACCAUCGCCCGCAUCCCGAUAUUCAUUUCAAACGCCACUGCAAAUGAGACGUGGGGCGUGGCCGCAGUUGCCCCCGUGGAUUGCCCCGUUUCCCUGUGUUUCAACGCCACCACCAGAGAGCGGUUCUGGGGGUUUGCCACCGCCGUGGGGCCCCUGGACGACCUUAGGGCCGGCAACGACACGCGGCUGGACCUGCUGAAACAGAAGGGCUACAAGUGGCUGUGA